UGCAGUCAAACCCUAGAAAUAAAACAUUACAAAAUGUGCACUUUUUAGAAUUUUAUGUUCAUCGCCCAUCUGCGGUUUAGUUUUUCUGGGCGAGUAGCUGUCAAGGUUCGCACUCAUGUUGCAUCAUCCUGGCGCAAAAUUGUGAAGUUUUUUUCAGAGUUUUGAUCGUGUCUAAAGAUUUAUUGAUUCGAGUUUCAUUGGGUGGGUAUGAUUCUUGCUUUAUUGAGCUUUUGUAAGUGUGUGGCACAGUGCACACAUCUGCCCCUAAAAUAGGAUCGUGAUAUCGGAAUGCAGCGUGAGUGUGACACGAAUUUUUGUACAUUGAUUGAUUUGUUUCGUGGAGUUGUCAUCGAAGUAUAAUAACAAACAGGCUGCAUGGCGUGCAUGGUGUGAACUUAUACUUAGGAUUUGCAGAUUUCAAGCUUCUCAAGUUGUGUGAGAUGGGGAGAGAGGAUUGCGCGAAGUUUGUCGUUGCCAUAUCAUCGAGGAGUACAGGAAACGGCACUCAAUUUCAACAACUGUGGGAUGAAAGUGGCAUGAAUUAGUGGGCGAGUGCAGCAACCUAGAAAUUGUAUUUGUUCGCAUUGAGGGAUCAAUACUGUGUCAAUGCUGUAGUAGCUCGCGAGAAAACCAAACCUCAAUCACAUGGAUGUCCAGAUUGUACAAUCAUGCACCGGCAAUUGAUGGCUCCUGCACUAGGCCCACGAAUGCAUUAAGUGGUUCAAUAGUGGAUGCAACUCAAAGAAGUUAGGUUUCCCUGGGGGGUUGUUGACUGAAUCAACUUUAUGGUUUCUUUCAUACACGUCGUUUCUUCGCUUAGUGUUCCUUGUAGAAUCGUUCCCUCACAAUCGGAGGUCCGUUGAUUGUGCUUCGCCUCGGCUUCACCUGCAGUUAUAGUGCACACUUUCUCUGAGAUAAAAUUACGUACUGCGCAAACAUGAGAGAUAAACAGAAAUUGGACGCUGAAAGGGAGCAAGACGUUAGAAAAAUAACAGCAGAGAAGCGGUGAGGAGCGCCAUUUUCUUUGGUCGUCGGCCUCAAAGUUCCAUGGUAGCUGAGAGGGAUUUGGAGUUGAGGGGGACGUGGGUUCGCAAGCUAGAAUUUAUCAAAUUAACGCCCGUCCAUCCGCACUUCAUCCUAAUCACUGUGAGCGAUGAUGUCGGUUGUCUGCUGCCUAACUAAUGAGGCGCACUAUUUAAAUUGUAACCAUCAUGCUGGUUCUACGGGCCCGAAAUGACAUGCCCCGGAGUACAAUUGGGACCGUCUGCCAGGACCUGGAUCCGACGGGAGGGGUAGUGGCAGGAUCUCCCAAUGUUCUCAGAUUCCUCUUUCGAAGAAUUCUGAAUACUACAAAAUAAAUGGUUGCAGUGCUGGCGGUGAAAUACUGUAGAGGAGAAUAAGUAAUCCGAUAAGGCCCCAAGCUUCGAGAUGCUAUCAAUUCGCAGACGAGUCUUUUCAGCUUUAGUGAACAUUCUAUGGAGUAUGGUGGAACUAAUCUGAACAUGCGGGGCCAUCUUUGCGGAAGAUAGCCGUUUACAAUAGUUGAGUCAUGAUUUCCACUCUGUUGGAGAAUACGUCUCCGAAAUGUGUAGUAACUGCCUGCGCAGCCAGUCCAUAUCCUAAAAUCUAUGGCCGGCAUGAAUCCUAGCCAUUGCAUCUUUGUGGAGUACAUGUUUGGUAAUCAGUCCCAUUUGUCUUGGAAUGCAAACGGAGAGUAUGUGCAUCUCGGGAAUUUGCUGCAGCUACAUAUAAUCAGCUACUCGAAGGUCAUAUCAAUCUUUCAUACGUUCUUGUUGUGAUUCGCAGUCAUUGGAACAUUUUCGGCCGCCCGGUUGAUGGAGUUUGAGAAUUAAUGCUUGUUGGUCUAUAACAAUAUAAAAAGAAGACCGAAAAAAUUGGGAUGGGAGGGGGUUGAAGGGUGUAGAAGUAUGGGAUCUCAAGGAGCGUUACUAAAAUGAUGUCCCACCGUCUCUACGUCGCUCCUCUCUGCGACUCUCCUUGACCCACUGCUCACAUUGGCAGGGUGUGGUUCUCUGCCAAUUUUGGCCAUUGGUGGGAAUGUUUUUGCAGCAUGGCUUCCAACAUGACACUUAUUACAGAUGGUGCUUCACCCUACUGCGAAAAGUUCUGGAAGGGUACAGGCACGAUGGGCGUUAGAAAGAGCUGGUGUGUCUUACGUAGAGACCAAGCAUGUGGUGGUGUUACACAUGUUGUUCACCAGGCACUUUUUUGUUCCAUGGUCUCGCUGGGUAGGGGGUUGGGAGCAGGUACAAGUUGCCCGAAAUUGGUGAUGGGGAGGAGCUCAGAGAGAGUUGUGUUACAAGAGUCACCCGACAUCCUACGAUUUGCUGACAAGAACAUACGCAACGAAGAAGAUCGUCUGUAUCCGGAUGACCCUGACAUGCAGAGACUUGUCCAAGCUUGGGGUACAGAAUGGAGGUUUGACAAGCAACUGGGUCCCCACGUGCGGCGCUGGUCGUACUGCUACCUUCUGUUCGAGCAAUGUAGUUAUGAUUUGUUAACUCAAGGAGCACCAAUGUUGGAACGAGUAUUUGGUUGGAUUUUAAUGCCAGUCUUACGCCGCAUCGUCUAUGGCGCCUUGUACUGCAACAAACCUGGGGCUAAGGAAAGAUCCCUACAAGUUGUUGAAGCCAUUUUCAAAGAGGUUGACGAACUGCUUGCAGAUGGUCGGCCCUAUAUUUGUGGUCGUAGAUUCACUGCUGCUGAUAUGACAUUCGCUGCCCUUGGUGGGCCAAUGGUUUCUCCUCCACAAUACGGAGCAUGGUUGCCUGGAAUUGAAGAUUGUCCCACAGAUAUGGCUUUGACGAUGGAGUCCUUGAGGAUGUCUCCUGCUGGGAGACACAUCUUGAAGAUUUAUGACACCAAACGACAUAGAUUGCGGGAGGUUGAGGAGGAGGUUAUGCCAAGUCGGAUAAGAACUUUUGGUUUUCAAGGGCUCAUGAAAUCAUUCCUCGAUCUUCAGAAGUAAUUGGCAGAGUCCACCUGCUUCUUAGAAUCGUUGUGGCUUUGAGCACGUGGGACUUUGAGUGUUUGUAAGUAUCCAAAUUUAUGUUUAUUGAGGAUUUUGCUGCACAAUUUCUCCAAGCUCAAGCUUGGUUUCAGGGGCUCUUAAAGCGGAGUUGAACCUAGUUCACGAUUUUAUAAGUUUAUGGAUUUAUGGGAAUACUUUGAAGGAUGGAUGCUCAAAGGUGCAUGUUAGUAGGAGAAACAAGCCUUGAAAUUUUCAUGUCAAAGAUGACAAAAGGAAGAGUUAUAGUGGAAAUCCAGGUUACAAUACCAAGAGCAGGAAGCAACAAAGACGAAGAAGGAAAAGACGAAACAAAGGAAAGCAGUUGUAGAGCAUUUGAUGAAGAGUUGUAUAUAUAGUUUUUUUUUUCUUGUGAUUUUUGACCUCACCACAAAGCAUUAUCUAUUAGAUUUUUUUCAUCAUGUUUAUUUUUAUCCUUUAAUUAUAAGUGGGAAAAAAUAUUUUGAUUGAAUCCUAUUUGAAAAACAUUCUACAAAAAUGCAAUUUUACAAAACAUGAUGCUCUCAAAUAAAAAAUGGUUAGCAAAAUUUUAUAACCAAUAUUUUUAAGUCCA